AUGAGCUACACGUUGGAGCAUCUAAGCAAUCCCUCUUACCGGCGGGUGGCCGAGAGCCGGACCUCGUUCAGUCGGGCCAGCAUGUCGCCGUCGAGCGGCUUCAGGUCCCAGUCAUGGUCCCGGAGCUCUCCCAGCACCGUCUCGUCGUCCUACAAGCGCAACCUGGGCGCGGCACGGGCUUCCUACGGCUCGACGGUGCUGAGCUCCUCGGAGAGCCUAGACUUGAGCCAGUCGUCGCUCUUCAACGGCGGCGGCGGGGAUUUGAAGUUGAGCCGCUCCAACGAGAAGGAGCAGCUGCAGGGCCUGAACGACCGCUUCGCCGGUUACAUUGAGAAGGUCCACUCGCUGGAGCAGCAGAACAAGGAGUUGGAGAGCGAGAUCGUGGCGCUGCGGCAGAAGCAGGCCGGCCGCUCGCUGCUGGGCGACGCCUUCGAGCAGGAGCUGCGCGAGCUGCGCUGCGCCCUCGAGCAAGUCAACCACGAGAAGGCGGCGCUGCAGCUGGACUCGGAGCACCUGGAAGAGGACAUCCAGCGCCUCAAGGAGCGCUUCGAGGACGAAGCGCGCCUCCGCGAUGACACCGAGGCCAUCAUCCGCGCCCUCCGCAAGGACAUCGAGGAGUCGUCCAUGGUCAAGGUCGAGCUGGACAAGAAGGUGCAGUCCCUGCAGGACGAGGUGGCCUUCCUCCGCGGCAACCACGACGAGGAGGUGGCCGAUCUCCUGGCCCAGAUCCAGGCCUCGCACGUCACCGUCGAGCGCAAGGACUACAUGAAGACUGACCUCUCCGCCGCCCUCAAGGAGAUCCGCUCCCAGCUGGAGUGCCACUCGGACCAGAACAUGGUCCAGGCCGAGGAGUGGUUCAAGUGCCGCUACUCCAAGCUCACCGAGGCCGCCGAGCAGAACAAGGAGGCCAUCCGUUCUGCCAAGGAGGAGAUCGCCGAGUACAGACGGCAGCUCCAGGCCAAGAGUAUCGAGCUCGAAUCCGUCCGCGGCACCAAGGAGUCCCUGGAGCGUCAGCUCACCGACGUCGAGGAGCGCCACAACCACGACCUCUCCAGCUACCAGGAUACAAUGCAACAACUGGAAAAUGAACUGAGAGGCACAAAAUGGGAAAUGGCGCGUCAUUUGAGGGAAUACCAGGAUCUCCUCAAUGUCAAGAUGGCUCUGGAUAUUGAGAUUGCUGCAUACAGGAAACUUCUUGAGGGUGAAGAGACAAGAUUCAGUGCCUUCUCUGGAAGCAUCACCGGCCCAUCAUUUACACAUAGGCAACCCUCAAUAACAAUAUCAUCUACCAAAACACAGAAAUCAAAAGCUGAACCUCCAAAGCUAAAGGUCCAGCACAAAUUUGUAGAAGAAAUCAUUGAAGAGACCAAAGUCGAGGAUGAGAAAUCUGCACUGGAUGAGGCCCUUGCAGCUAUGGCUAAAGAACUGGCUGCCGGAACAGCACUAGAGGAAGAGGAAGAGGAAGAGGAGGGAGGAGCUGCAGAAGAGGAGAUUAUAGCAGAGAAAAAGGCCACUAUUGAAGCAGCAGCUCCGGAAGCUGAGGAGGAAGAAGGUGAAGAGGAGGAGGAAGGAGGUGAGGAAGAAGAUGGUGCAAAAUCUGAUGAGGCAGAAGAAGGAGGCUCAGAAAAAGAAGAAGAAAGGAGUGAAAAGGAAGAGGGCGAGGAAGAAGCUGAAGAGGAAGAGGAGGAGGAGGCAGGAGAGGGAGGUGCUGAAGCUGAAAGCAAGGAAGAAAAGGAGACCAAAAAAGAAGCUGGAGGUGGAGGUGCAUCACUGAAAGUAGAAAAGGCAAAAUCAUCUCCACCAAAAUCUCCACCAAAAUCUCCUGUGGCAGAUGAAGCAGAGGCUAAGGAAGGUGAAAGUGAAGGUCAGGAGGAGCAGGAAGGUGAAGGAGAGAAGGCCGGAGGAGAAGAAAAGUCCACCUCCCCAGCAAAGGCGGAUUCUCCUGAGAAAGCAAGAACUCCAGAGAAAGGGACUCCUGAGAAACCAGGGACUCCUGGGAAAGGAUCUCCAGAAAAGCCCGCCACUCCAGAGAAAGCAUCUCUGGAGAAAGCAGUAUCUCCAGAAAAAGCAGGAACUCCAGAGAAAGCAUUAUCUCCAGAAAAAGCAGGGUCCCCAGUGAAAGAAGUGGAAGAGAUCAUCACAGUCACCAAAGCAACAAAGGUUGGUGCAGAGAAAGAUUCCAAAGAAGAAAAGACAGAAAAAAGUGAGAAAGCACUAAAGGAGUCCACCAAAGAAGACAUAGCAGUGAAUGGAGAGGUGGAAGACAAAGGGGAGGAAGAAGGCUCCAACGCAAAACAAGUAGAGGAGGAAGACAAAGGUGUUGUCACCAAUGGCCUUGACUUGAGCCCCUUGGAGGAGGAGGAGAAGGGGAAGAGUGAAGAAAAAGUUGUGGUAACAAAAAAAGUAGAGAAAAUCACCAGCGAAGGGGAUGAUGGGACAACCACAUACUUCACGAAGUCUGUGACUGUUACCCAGAAGAUGGAAGAGCACGAGGAGACUGUUGCAGAGAAGUUGGUGUCUACCAUGAAGGUAGAGAAGGUCACUUCUUCACAUGCUGUAGUGAAAGAAGUUAAGGAGAGUGACUAAAAUUAUCAUCCCCCCCAAAAAAGAGCUUGGG